CCCGCUAAAAUGGCUGCUUUCAAUUUGACCAGUUUGUUGGAAAGUUUACCAAAUUCGACUGACUGGGAGCAAUCUCUAACAGAUUUGAAGACAUUGUUGACGUCUUUAUCACCAAGUGAGUUGAGGAAUGUUACACAGAAUAUUUCGUACCAUGCCAUCUUCGAUUUAUUGAACACAGACAAUAAAGAAGUGCUUGAGCUUUGUUGCAAUGUCCUUGAGAAGCUUCUUGAUGCAUCAGGACCAGCUGUGGUAUUUCAGAACUACAGGGAAGAAAUACUGAAAGGACUUAGUCAUCAGCAAGUCAUGGUCAAAUGUCUUUGUUUAAAACAGAUGUUGAGUGCCUCUGAAGAAGUGGUUGAUGAAUUGUUGCCUCACAAGGAAGUGCUUCAGAAAACUGUCAGUUUGAUUUCAGAUGACCUCCAAGUGGCAAACAUUGCUACCAAAGUUCUUAUCAAUUUAGGCAGGACUCCUCAGGGACUAGCAGUUUUAUUCAGUAACCAGAUGAUCCACACAUUGGAGCAAGUUCUUAACACCAGUGACACUGUCAGAUUCAGAGGAUAUGAGAUGUUGAUCCAAGUGUGUAAGCUGUCCUUGGCUGCUCUAGAGAACACGCACAACAGUGGUCUUCUUCAGCAGCUGUUAAAUGAGGUCCAUAAGGAUGACAUUCUUGUUCAGCUGAAUGCUAUAGAAAUGUUGUCUGAUCUUACUAUGGUUGAACAUGGACUGGUGUACCUAGAUCAGCAAGGCAUUGUGGGCAAAUUAGAGAGCAUGAUGGGAGAAUUAGAACAUAAUCCAUUUGGCAACUUGCUAUUACCAGGAUUGACAAAGUUCUUUGGAGGAGUGGCCAGAUUCCACCCUAAGGAAGUGUGUAGCAGUAAUAAGACGUUUGUAAACUCCGUGUUCGAGGGUUUAUCAUCUGGGGAUAACACAGAUAAUCCACUUGGUUUUAUGAAUCUGUAGGGGAAGAUGGCACUCGAGAAAUUAGGCAAUAGGAUGAUACAUGGUGUUAAAUGUAUAGGAUCCAUGGUGAGAGAUGCUCCAUCAGAUCUACGCAUUAAAGCAUUGGAAACUGUGUGCAGCAUAACAAAACUUCAGAUUGCAGAACAAACAGAUGAAUUACUCAAACUUACAGAGAAGUGGUUUGAUUUACUGAGUAACAAUCCAUUUGAGAUGUUAAUGUCGCUAGUGAGACAACCCUUUCCAGACCUAAGGUGCUCUGCCCACUGUGCUUUACAAUCACUCGCCUUACAACCCUGGGGACAGACUCACAUGAACAAUUAUCCAGGGUUUACAGAAUUUUUGUUGGACAGAACUACAGAAAAAACUAAAGAAACAAAAGAGUCAAAGUUCUCCAUCCUAAAAACACUAGCUGAGUCACCCACCGCAGUUGAUGUGUUUGGACAGCCAUAUAUUGUUCAGGUCAAGGCCAUGGUCCUACAAGGCCCUUUCUUUGUUCAGACACAGUCAGAAGUGGCUUUCGAGGGAGAAUAAUUAAUAAAGUAAUUUACAUCUUUUCCAUAGUUGUCUCUAUCAAAUGAAUCAUGUUAAGAAUCUACAUGUAUUUAUACUUUAUCAAUAAAUGAUAUGAAGAAUCUUG